CAGCAUGGUAGUGGGCAUGGGCAGUGCCAUCAACCAGCGCUCCAAAGCAAGAGCGUCGCGUGCGGCGCGUCAUGCAGCAAGGCAAACGAACACGGCCAACUGGUGCGGUUGCAGAGAAUAGCGUACUCGAACAAAGUAAUAAAUGAGCUAAAAAUACGCGCACGCGCCUCCAGCGAACAAAUGUGAUCAAGUUAUGUGCAUAAAUUUCGUGUGCACCAUUGAUAUGUUUCAUCUCUAAAAAAUGUGAUCAUGGUACAUUUACAAAACAUGCAGUUGCGACGAAGCCCACUUCCGCUGCUGUUUGUUUUCGCCGUGGGCGCUAACGCUUAUACAGCAUACUCUUCGUCCAACAGCGUCCUGCACGAUGCGCGCGAUACGGUCAAAAUUAACAAAUGCUGCGAAGUUGAUGAACUCUACAUGUCCAAAUGGUGCACCAAAGUCAACGGCACGGGCGAAACAUUGUGGAAGCCCAUAUUCAUGAACGAACACGGCGGCACCGUCGAUGUCAAGUAUGAAAUGGUCACCGGAAUGCCUGAUUGUCCGGCGCAUAGUCAGUGGCCAAUUUAUCACUACGCAGACUCGCUGGACAUGUUGCGUUUGCUACCCGAUGGAACUUUGCGACAUUACGAAGCGCACGGGAAUCCAGAACCAGAUUUUUACGGCAAGAAAAAACUCGUUGGUCUGAAGGAUUAUGCGCAGGGAAAAUAUUGUUUGGACAAGAGAGUUGAGGAAGAAAAAAUGUACCAAUACGCAAUCAUCUGCCACGAACCGGAAAAGGACCGAGAUUGGGCGGCGACGAAUUUCCUCAUGCGUAACAUCAUCAACCCGAUAACGCACCUAAUCUCAAUCGCUUGUUUUCUAACGGUCGCUAUCGUAUACUUCGUAAUGCCGACAUUAAAAGACCUCGUCGGCAAUAUUGUGACGACAAUGUGCCUCUGCAUGAUAGUCGGCCAGGCGGCCGAUUUGAUUCGACUGCUGACGAUAUUCACUGGACAUUUGAGUAUUUUUAUCACUGAGGCGAUAUGUUACAUCAGUCUCUUGGGGGCGUUCUUUUGGCUCAACAGUCUUGCCUUUUAUAUUUGGAAAACAUUCAAAUCACGUAAUGUUUAUCUUCGGAUAACAGACAGUAAAAAGUUCUGUUACUAUUCAACUUAUGCGUGGAGUUGUACGUUUAUUCUGGGUUUCCUAGCAAUUUUCGCACAUUACGCAUUGGAUUACGAUGUUUCGCCAUCGAAACACGAUGAACAGGAACAUGUCGGAUCCCUAGGAAUAUUAUUUUUUAUGCCCGUUGCAUUUACGAUUCUGAUCGAUGUUUUCUUUUUUGCGACAACUCUUAGAGUGCUUGGCAGAAUGAACACUUACGGACGAAUUCAUCAUAAACUCAAACACAGUUUUCGAAUGUUUUUGUUAUUAUUUUUGAUAAUGACACUAACAUGGAUCUUUUUCUUGAUGUCUUUAUCGAAAUUCGACGGACUGGUAUAUAGCUACAUAAUAAUUAAUGCUCUCCAAGCGCCGAUUGUGUUGUACAUCUGUUUGUUCAACCAGAAGCACGUGGCGUACUUAUUGCGCAAAACCUGCUGCUAUAAAAAUUGCUUUUGCGCCUGUUGUCGUCCCGAUCCGGAAAUAGAAUGGGGCGAUGAGAUGACCGCAAUGAAUAAUGGCAUUUAUUAAUAUUAAUUUUAUCAAUCUUAUAACCGUCCGUUUUUUACUUGUACUGAUAUUUAUUCCAAAUUGUAAUGUGUAAUAUAUUUUUUAUACUUUGA